CUCUCUUUCAACCCUGAACCACCGCUCGACUACCAUAUCCACCAGCCAUGGGUAUGUAUCAGCUGCGUUCAGUAAUGGCUACAGCCUCUGCUGGCUAAAUCUGCAAAUUUGCACCACAAUGCGCGUGCUCACAACUCCUUCCAGCACCAAAAUUCGACCCCAGCGAGGAGAAGAUUAUCCACCUCCGCGCCACUGGUGGUGAGGUUGGAGCUUCGUCCGCGCUUGCCCCAAAGAUUGGUCCUCUCGGUCUGUCUCCAAAGAAGGUCGGAGAAGAUAUCGCAAAGGCCACUGGUGACUGGAAAGGUCUCCGUGUCACCGUUCGCCUGACCAUCAAGAACCGUCAAGCCGCCGUCUCGGUCGUCCCAUCUGCCUCUUCGCUCGUCAUCAAGGCCCUUAAGGAGCCACCGCGAGACCGCAAGAAGGAGAAGAACAUCAAGCACACCAAGUCCAUCCCUCUCGACGAGAUCAUUACCAUUGCCAGGACCAUGCGACACAAGUCCAUGGCCAAGGACCUCAAGGGUACCGUUCUGGAGAUCCUCGGCACUGCUUUCUCCACCGGCUGCCAGGUCGAUGGCCGAUCGCCAAAGGCCGUAUCCGACGAUGUUCGCGCCGGCGAGAUCGAGAUCCCAGAAGAAUAAGCGUGUCGCUUUGGAAAGAGCAGAGAUGCCAUAUGUCUUUUGAUGAGGCAGAAAGAAUUUUUUUCAGCAUGAUGCUUCGGAGGUCAUGAACAAACAGCAUGGUAUGGCGGCGUUCAAGGCGCAGGUAUCCAUCACCAACGACGUGAUGCAGAUAACGGAAAAUGGUCCACCACCUAGCGUGGGACUACAUAGCCAGUCAAAAAGGACAUGGCUUCGAUUCUUUCAUGCUGAUCACCGCAUAUUCACAUUUCCUUCUCAGCUUCUUUCCUAUCAGGCACUUGAAAAUCCUCACCAACACUCUGGGCCAGACGUCACCUCCCUUGGUCUGGCCCUAUUUUGGCGUGCAGGAAGAUUGAUCUGAGGGCGUUUCGAAAGAUUUGUCCUGCCUCCUACUCACUGCGUUGUCUAAAUUUGAUAGACAGGGAAGUCCAUCCGAAGAGGUGACAUAUCAAACUCACGUGUUCGAGCUUGUUGCUAGACAUGGUGGCUUGCUGGCACAACGGGACAUAUCAGUGGCCACUAAGUAUAACCAGGUGGGUGGAGGGAGCAGCAGGUCGUCAUUCGACCAGCCGCGCUCGAGCCGACCAUCGACACAACGG